ACUGUUUUUUGUUAUUAUUAAUUUUUAUAAAUAUUUGAUCACAAUCUCCAUUCACGGUUGUUGCUCUUUUGGAGGGCGGAUAAAUGAAAACAGGUGAAAAAUGCCGUGAGGCAAUUUUGUGUGGCUCCCUUGUCGAUCCUGGAGGCGCGAUUCAUUUGGCCAUUUUGGCGAUCGUUUGUUUUGACUUUAGGGCCGAUAUCUCGCUUUUAAUAAAUUGCAUUCGCUGGGGUGCAAAAUGUUAUAUUUCGUUUUAAUCGCGGAAGUGUUUAUGAAUUUCAGAAACAAGAUUUUAUGAUUUUACCGCAAUGACUCCUUUACUGUUCUUGGAAAAUAUCGACAAAACUCGCCGCUAGUUAAGGUUAAGUUAGUGUUUGGUUCUCGAGAGGAAUUGAUGGAUUUUAAAUUGUAGCGUGAUGAGUUUUUCAAGUGACGAAGUGAAUUUCCUCGUGUACAGAUAUCUGCAGGAAUCAGGGUUUCAGCACUCCGCGUACACGUUUGGCAUCGAGUCACACAUCGCCCAGUCUAACAUAAACGGCGCCCUGGUCCCUCCGGCAGCCCUUUUGAGCAUCCUGCAGAAAGGUCUCCAGUACACAGAAGCGGAAAUCAGCAUAGGCGAGGAUGGUUCUGAACAACGGUUGGUUGAGAGUCUAUCUCUCAUUGAUGCUGUCAUGCCUGAUAUUGUUGCCACAAGGCAAAAUCAAGCGAACCAGCAGAAGCCGGUAAUUAAAAAUGAACCGCAAGAUACAAAUGGUGAAGAAGGUAAAGGCCCGGCUCCACCCUGCUCUCAGGGCGAGGUUAAAAAGGAGGUUGACGUUAGCAUUGAAAUCCCAGCCAGCAAGGCUACUGUGCUACGAGGGCACGAGAGCGAGGUGUUCAUCUGUGCCUGGAACCCAACAACUGAUCUCUUAGCGUCAGGUUCUGGCGAUAGCACUGCAAGAAUAUGGGACAUGUCGGACAACUGUACCUCCCCAAAUCAGCUAGUUUUAAGACAUUGCAUACAAAAAGGUGGAACAGAAGUACCCAGUAACAAGGACGUAACAUCUUUAGAUUGGAAUUGCGAUGGAGGAUUUCUAGCAACAGGGUCUUACGAUGGUUACGCCAGAAUUUGGACGACUGACGGUCGACUUGCCAGCACAUUAGGUCAACACAAGGGUCCAAUUUUUGCUCUCAAGUGGAAUAAAAGAGGAAACUACAUUCUAAGUGCUGGUGUUGAUAAAACAACGAUAAUAUGGGAUGCUGGUAGUGGUCAGUGUACGCAACAGUUUUCGUUCCACUCUGCGCCUGCCUUGGACGUAGACUGGCAGACGAAUACCAGUUUUGCAUCAUGCAGCACUGACCAGAGAAUCCACGUUUGUAGGCUGAAUGCUGACAAACCCAUAAAAUCAUUUCAAGGACAUACGAAUGAAGUCAACGCUAUUAAAUGGGAUCCUCAGGGGAAUCUCCUAGCCUCGUGUUCUGACGACAUGACAUUGAAGAUAUGGUCCAUGAAGUAUGAUACGUGUGUGCAUGAUUUGCAAGCUCAUAAUAAGGAAAUUUAUACUAUCAAGUGGAGCCCGACAGGUCCUGGGACUGCAAAUCCCAAUAUGAAUUUAAUACUUGCAAGUGCUUCAUUCGAUUCUACUGUGAGACUUUGGGAAGUUGAAAGAGGAGCUUGCAUUCAUACACUCACGAAACAUACUGAACCUGUCUACAGCGUGGCAUUUUCUCCAGAUGGAAAAUUCUUAGCUUCAGGCAGUUUUGACAAAUGUGUUCAUAUCUGGUCAACACAGAGUGGGCAAUUAGUACAUAGCUAUAAAGGAACUGGUGGGAUUUUUGAAGUAUGUUGGAACUCUAGGGGUGAUAAAGUAGGUGCAAGUGCAUCUGAUGGAAGUGUUUUCGUGCUCGAUCUUCGCAAGCUGUGAUCAUUGUUAAGGGUGUAGAAACCCGACCGAGCUCAAAUCAUAAAAUGAUCUUCCUUCAAACACCUAUCAUGCUUGAUAUAACAUUAAGUGAUUUGUAGAUUGUAAAUGUAUAGCAAGAUUCGUACACUAUACCUACCUCCAUAGUGAACAUUUAACAAAUUGGGCGAUGGAUAUGGUGCAAGUGAUAUGGUUGUUGAUAAGCCGAGUGGAACAGUGAUGAGCCCGUGUGUUCUCAAGAAGCAGACAGAACUAUGAAAAAAAAAUUACUGAAAGAAUCUGAAAGUGGAUUACAAUGUUGAAAGACAUUGUUUGUAAUAAAUUUUAUUAUAGGAUUAUUUAUUACAAAUGUGUGGUGUGGGAAAAAAUUACAAAACCUGUAAAUUCUCCAGUUCUCCCUUAAAAGAUCCUCAUAUUUUUAGUUAUGGAUAAGAUAAGAAAUAUUUCUUAUUGGGAGGAUUUUUUUUUUUUUAAUUAUUAUAUAUCUUGACCUAUAAUACAAAUUGUAUAUAUAUUGAUUAUUGAUACUUUAUUACGCUAUUUUUGUUGAAGAGACAGACCUCAAUCCAUUCUAUAUAUAUAUAAAAAAAUGUUA